UUCGUGCCUCAUUGGUUAUUCAUACCGAAAAGGUCCAUAAAAUGAAGCAAUAUUUGUUCACAUGUAAAGCUUGUGAGUUCGGAAAAGUUGCAUUUAAUCAAUCACUCCGUCAGCGCUGUGUGAAUUUCAUCGAAGUGUGCGCGUAGUCAAGCACGAAUGCAGAAGAACAUCGAUCCUUCACGUUGACCCUUUUUUUCCUAUCCUGACCGUAUUAAGCAGGUGGUUCAUAGUGUUACGUCAAAACUGUGCCUAGCAAGAUACAUUUCCAAAAGUAUUUAACCCAUUCUUCUCCGAAGCUUCAGACGUUGUGUAGCAUAACGGAGGACGUUGGUCGAGAAAGUGCGCGCUCUAUUAUCGAUCUUUGGAAUCACCUGUGGCUGCAACCCACAAUCUUUGAAUUAUUGUACAGAUUUAGUGCCACUGAUCCCAACGAACUCUUAAAUAAACCUCCAACACCCACACUAAAGAUAACCAUGGCGGCAAUGUAUAGCAAUAUGUCAGACGAGUCCGAUGACGGUCUGGCACUCACCAUUCCCGUGGAGGAGUUGCGACAGCUCAUGGAGAUGCGCAAGGAAGAGCUGGCCAACACCAUCAAGACCAAGUACACAGAUGUCAUAGGGUUAUGUCAGAAGCUAAGAACGUCACCGACACACGGUAUAAGCGGCACCCAUGGCAUGACAGCCGACCUGAUGAGGCGGGUCCAAAAGUACGGCAAGAACGAAAUCCCUCCCAAGCCGCCCAAGUCAUUCUUCCGAUUGAUGUGGGAGGCAGUCCAAGAUGCCACCCUCAUCAUGCUCAUCAUCGCUGCUUUCAUCUCCCUCGGGCUUUCCUUCCUACCAGCACCAGAAUCGGGCCACAGUGACCCAGGUGAGGCGGAGGCGCAGUGGAUCGAGGGCGUUGCCAUCCUGAUUGCGGUGGGCGUGGUCAUCUUGGUGACGGCCUUCAACGAUUGGUCCAAGGAGCGGCAGUUUCGGGGCCUGCAGAACAAGAUUGAGUCGGAGCAUAAGAUCACCGUCAUACGGGCUGGCGACCCCAUUCUAGUCAAAGUCACCGAGAUAGUCGUCGGAGAUAUUUGCAUGGUCAGAUAUGGUGACCUUUUACCAGCCGACGGUAUUAUCAUUCAAAGUAAUGACCUUAAGAUAGAUGAGAGCUCAUUAACAGGAGAGUCGGAUGCCAUCAAGAAGAGUGUAGAAAGAGACCCAGCGCUUCUCUCAGGCACUCACGUGCUGGAAGGCAGCGGCAAGAUGGUGGUCACAGCAGUAGGACUGAACUCACAGACGGGUCAGAUCUUCUCCCUGCUCCUAGAUGUCAAGGGUCAGAAGCCGGCGGAAGCCGAAGAUGGUGUCGCCGACAGAGGUGUGGUCAAAGUUCCAGCUGACGGCAACAACAUUGACGACUCAGGAGCCGCGAACAGCCGCACAGCUAACCCGGAGAAGCAAGCUAUGCUGCAGGAGCGAGAGGAGUCGAAUAUGAUGGAGGGCAAGUCGGUCCUGCAAGGGAAGCUGACCAAGCUGGCUAUCCAGAUUGGCUAUGCAGGUUGUACCAUAGCAGUGCUGACCACCCUGGUCCUGAUCAUCCGCUUCUGCAUCGAGACCUACGGCAUUGAGCAGCGAAGCUGGGAGACGGGCCACUUGCGGAAGUUUGUGGACUUCUUCAUCAUCGGCGUGACCGUACUGGUGGUGGCGGUGCCAGAGGGCCUGCCGCUUGCCGUCACAAUCUCUCUGGCCUACUCAGUCAAGAAAAUGCUGCAUGACAACAAUCUGGUCCGGCACCUGGAUGCCUGUGAGACGAUGGGCAAUGCCACAGCCAUCUGUUCAGACAAGACGGGGACCCUGACCACCAACCGCAUGACGGUGGUGCAGGCCUACAUAGGCAUGGUGCACCACCACACUGUGCCCAACUAUGACCAGCUGCACCCAGAAUUGCUGCAGCUACUGGUGGAGGGCAUCUCGGUCAACAGCAGCUACGCCUCGCGAUUACUGCCCCCAGAGAGGGAAGGUGAACUGGCCCGGCAAGUGGGCAACAAGACGGAGUGUGCUCUCUUGGGCCUGGUCAACGACCUCGCGCAGGAGUACCAGACCAUCCGGGACCGGUGGCCGGUGGAGCGAUACGUCCACGUCUACACCUUCAACUCCACCCGCAAGUCCAUGAGCACCGUUAUACCACUGGAAGGGGGCAGGUACCGGCUGUACUCCAAGGGCGCCAGUGAAAUCAUCUUGAAGAAAUGCACUAAGAUCCUGGACCCUAAGAACAAGCUGCAGUCCUUCAGCUUUGCUGACCGGGAGAAGACAGUCAAGGAUGUGAUUGAGCCCAUGGCUUCGGACGGUCUGAGGACCCUGGCCCUGGCCUACCGGGACUUCCCGGCUGGGGAGGACGUGGACUGGGAGCAGGAGGCCAGCGUGGUGUCCAACCUGAACUGCGUCGCCAUUGUGGGCAUCGAGGACCCUGUCAGACCAGAGGUACCCCCGGCCAUCACCCAGUGUCAGAAGGCAGGCAUCACAGUACGGAUGGUGACAGGGGACAACGUCAACACAGCGCGCUCCAUCGCCACCAAGUGUGGCAUCCUCACGCCGGGUGAAGACUUCUUGGUCUUGGAAGGGAAAGAGUUCAACCGAAAGAUCAGGGACCGAUUUGGCAAGGUGCAGCAGCGUCUGCUGGACAAGAUCUGGCCCAACCUGAGAGUGCUCGCCCGGUCCUCGCCGACGGACAAGCACACCCUGGUAAAGGGGAUCAUCGACAGUAAACUGUCGCGCAACCGGGAGGUGGUGGCGGUCACGGGUGACGGCACCAAUGACGCGCCAGCGCUGAAGAAAGCCGACGUGGGCUUUGCCAUGGGAAUCGCCGGCACGGAUGUGGCCAAGGAGGCCUCCGAUAUCAUCCUGACGGACGACAACUUCAGGAGCAUUGUCAAGGCUGUCAUGUGGGGGCGCAACGUCUAUGACAGUAUCUCCAAGUUCCUGCAGUUCCAGCUGACGGUCAACCUGGUGGCUGUUAUAGUGGCCUUCACGGGGGCCUUUUUAACAGGGGACAGCCCCCUGCGCGCCAUCCAGAUGCUGUGGGUCAACCUCAUCAUGGACUCCUUCGCCUCGCUGGCGCUGGCCACAGAGUUGCCCACCCCGGCCCUGCUCUGCCGUAAGCCCUACGGCCGCACCAAGGCCCUCAUCUCCAAGAUCAUGAUGAAGACCAUUGUGGGCCACGCUGUCUAUCAGCUGGUUGUUAUGUUUGUCAUUCUGUUUGCUGGCCCCUCAUUAUUUAACAUAGAUGACGGCAAGAUAGCCACGGAUUCCACGGGCCACCCCUCGGUGCACUUCACCAUGAUCUUCAACACGUUUGUCCUGAUGCAAAUCUUCAACGAAAUCAACGCGCGGAAGGUGCACGGCGAGCGCUCCGUCUUCUCUGGGAUCCUCACCAACCCGGUGUUCCUUGUCAUCAUCAUCGGCACACUAAUAGUGCAGGUCUUGCUGGUCCAGUUCGGUGGCAUCAUCUUCAGCACCUCGGGCCUAUACUGGGACGAGUGGGGCUGGUGCCUGUUCUUCGGCAUGGGCUCCUUGCUCUGGCACCAGGUCAUCCUGACGGUGCCCACCCACUGGCUGCCCAACCUGGCCUACGGCCGGGGCGACGCGCCAGAGCAGCUGCCCAGCGUGACGGAGCUGGACGACAUUGACCGGGGCGGCGACUCGCGGGUGGAGCUGAAGCGAGCACAGAUCCUCUGGAUGCGGGGCCUGACCAGGCUGCAGCAGCAGUCCCGUGCUAUUCGAGUUGUCCAUGCCUUCCAGUCAGGGGUCAAUCACCGGAUUGAGCGCAAGAGCCUGAGCAACUCCGUCCACGAGUUCAUGGCGCCCCCAAUGGACGAGUAUGACAUCGAGCACACCAAGAAGGAUGAGGAUAGCGCCCCCACGGUGUCGUUCCACAGCGUCGAGACCACGUUGUAGAUGCCCGCUCGCCUGCUCCGUUUGGCAUUUUUACAGGGGAGAGAAAAACACAAAUGACCUCGGGCAUGUGGAGUCUGCGACCUUUGGCACCGGAAUGUGACCUCCCUCAUUCUUCAGUAGCAUCUCAAAGAUUUGACCUGUACAAAACCACCUGGGUAAGACCUCUCUCUCUCUAGUUCCAGUGACCUUUGAUGACCAGAGCGUGACCUCAGCAUUGGAAAGGGGGCACCUUGAUCUGGGACAUGAGGAAAUGACCACUGGCAUGGGUUAAUGACAUGUGAACAUGACCUCCGCAUCAGGUCUAUGUCAAUGGAAUGACCUCUGUCGGGAAGCGCCAUCUAAUACAAGUUACAGCAGGAGGACAGCCACUUACCUUUGAGUCGGGAUGAAACUCGAGGGUUGUUGAGCAGCUGUGGGGCAUGUGCCGUUGUAGGUCUUUGCGUAUCCUCUACUUGAAACAUUUCUUUAGUAAGAAUGUCUUGAGAUAGAGAGAUAAAUGGAAUGAUAAAGCUUGUUAUGCAUAUGAAAUAGUAAUUUGUAAAUUGUCAGCUGUUAGGAUGUAAGUGUUGUACUUGCAAUGAGGGAGUGGUGUUUGCAGUGAAACAUGAAUAGGGGUUGUUGGCCUGAUCCACAAGUUAUGGGUGUUCCCAAGGCUACAGUACUGGCUCUGUAUUUGCAGUUUUUGUUUUGGGGUUUUUGGUAAAUAUUCUUACAAAUACUGUGCUGCUGCAUGUAUGUCCAGGAGUGUAGGUGGUGUCCCAGGGGAGGGUGUAGUCUGGUGCCUAUAGUAUUGUACAUAGCAGAAAGCUGUCUUUCAGUCUUGGAUGCAAAUGGUUGGAGUGACAGACUGCAUAAAAUGUCAUCCUUCUUUGACAGUGUGGCUAUGUCGUAAUUGGCAACAACAAAGCAUUUUUCAAUCUAAAAAACAAAAUAACAGUACAGUUAGUCUGUCAAACUGCUUUCCUUUUCCUCUCUAGGUGUUGUUCAAAGGUCGAAGGCAUCUUGAAAUGUGGUAACUUAGGUACUUUUUUGUCGUAGCAUCAGUGGGUUGAAGUUAGAGUAAUGCUGUGAAGAGUGUUUUAGCAAAUGAAAGCUGUAGUGUGAAGGUUGUUGCAAACACCAUUCAAGCCUUUUCUUUUCUUGAUUGAUGACUGUUAAAAGCUUGCAGAUUGCGAUAACACUGUAUAUUUAUCGUUUUUAUGCUACCUAUCUUAUGCCCAAGUGCUAAACAGUUUUGCUUCCCUCUAUGUGGGUAUCUUUGUAACCAGAAAAGACUGACAUCCCGUGUACAUAUGUUAUGUAUUUGGCUUCACUUUUUCUUCAUACCCAGGCUGCGUGAUUAUGUUCUUAUGUUUUGGCCAGAAGAAACUUGAUCACUGCAAUAUGGUAGCUGCUUGAUUUCAGGAAUGGAUCAAGUGUGAUAAUGUAUUACUAUCAGUUAUAUCAUCGGUGCUGUUAGGCAGUUGCCCAGUUAACUAAUUGUGAUCCAGAAAAAAACAAAUAGAUAUGCUGUAAUAUAAAUGGAAAAAAGGUAAAAGAAAAAAUCAUGUAGGUGUAGUUUCAAUAUGAAUUAAAUAUAGCAUUAGGUUUGUAUUUUCACCGAAUAACUGCAAAAUAUUGGCAUUUGCCACUUAAGACUGUGCACAAAUACUUGCUUUUUUAUAUACACAGAUACACAUUCUUGUUUCGUCCCGUUUAAAUCUGUGUUUUUUUCCGGUGGAGAUCGACUCUGCACUGUAUAUAACAUUUUUUCUCGUCUUGUAACAAGUCAGCAUUCCUUCAGGAGUACACUUAACUUUUGCCACAGACCUUUUGGUCGGCGUGUACAAAUUAGACAAGUGAAUUUGAGUGGUUUGUUACCAACAAGCAAAAGCUUAACAGACCUCACUGGGGUUGGUUGGAGUUGUGUGAGAAUAACAUCAGAUAACCUCCUCCACUAAGCCCACCCCUUUUACUGGCCAGAAAAUUAGAGGUCAUCUUUGCAUUUUAACAGAUAAAAACACCAAAUCAGUUGCCAUAGGUUAGUCUCAGUAGAACAACCCACGUGGAACAAACCGCUUUGGAAGGUUGCCGCCUGUUGGGGACCCCAUUCGAAUCCCUCCUAGGAGCCUAUCCAACAAGAUCAGGCUGACAGUCUAGCUUUACAUUUCUGUACAAUUCUGCCUCCUAUUUUUUGUCGGCUAUGGACAGGGUGUCAUUUUUUACAUUUACAUGGACAACACAGUUUGGAUUCCACAGUUUUCCGUGAUGGCAAAAAGAGGGAGCAUGUUGAUUUUUGUCUUUUUCAUGUUGAACAAAAAUGUCUACUACAUGUACGUGUCGCAUAGAGACAGUGCAUGCUUGACCUGGUUCAAGAAGUAAGUGUUGUUUUAUCACAAGCAGUCAGGCUCAGAAAGUGCCCGGCUACCCGCCCUGAGUUGAAGUGCAUCCCCAAGCGGCAAACGAAAGACAGGUGGUAGAAAGUUUUCCAAGUGGGUUCUCACACGUGUUCUGCAUGUAUGCAAAGACCAUAAAUUAGGGAAUAAAUUCUCUAUGUGUACUCGGCGUGCUCCGUAUCAAAUGCGCCAUUGAUCUCCAUUAUGAACGUACGUCUAUGCGGUGAGCACCAAAAGAAAAACGCCCUCUUUUGUUCCGCUGGGAGUGGAUAGGACCGUUUUUGUAAAUGAAAAACUUCUGCCACGUUGUCCUGCGCUGUACUCUCUGGGUGUCCGGCAAAGAUGAGAGCAGUGUCAGGCGUAUAUCUUGAAGGGGUUAGGGGCGGCAAACUACACGUGGCUAGCCUCGUGGAUACAUUUGUGUGCAUUGCACAUGCAACUUUUCUGCCAGCUCAGCAUCUCCUUCUUGUAUCACAACACAGUGCCAAACUGGAACAGCUUUGUAACUCAUUUUCCUCAUUGAAGUUUACACUGGCUGCUUAUCUACAGCAGGCCAUUGGAAAGGUUUUCAGCCAUGACACCCUACAUUUUGCAAAAUAACAUCUAUCACAAAACCUUGUGAAAACAUCAUCAAUACAAAUCAUUAUUCACUUGGUCUAAAAUAUGUUAAUCUGUGAGAUCUUGGACUAUAAGUGCUGCUGCCAGCAAUUUUAAACAGUUUUGAAGUUCACUGGUAUAAACUAACAUUUUGAGUAUGAUGUACAGAUUAAAAACGGUGGUUUUGACUGUAACUAUUUAUACAUCCAAGUAAAAAAAAGUUAUACGUAGGUUUUUGAUUUUACUGAUUAAAGGAGGUAGCUUUGGUGUGAAGAACAUUUUCAAAUGUAUGUACAUAUUAUUGAAAGGGGUUGCUGGGUUGUCACAGCAACCUGCAUUUCUUCCUGGCAGUUGCCAGUUGUUUUAGGGUAUGUUUCAAUUUGAACAUGGAAAAGAAAAAAAGAUGCUUGUACUAUUAUAAAUAAUGUAAAUGUAUAUUAAAAUAUGGCGCAUUGAACUUAUAGGCAACAAGGUGUUUGGUCCUUUACUAACAGUCAGCACGCAGUUGUUUGAAUUGACAGAUUUGAGCCAGAGUUGAAAAAAGAAAUUGUCAGUUUAGUUUUUAAAACUGUAUUUAGAAAAGUAGGAUGGUGCAUUUCCAUUGUGUGUAUUUCAGACGAGCGUCCUUUACAUUUCUUUUGUAGUGCUUGUUAUCUUUGGUUCUGCCCCAUUUUUAUGUCUUCAACAUUAUGAUCACAGACCUUUGACAUCAGAAUAUUAAUGUCAUGGCCAAAAGUAACUUGUUUCAGUUGGUACUCCGUGGUGCAGUAUCUGGCAUUUUCCUGAUUAACAUAAAUUCAGAUUCGGAGGAUUAAUCACUCAAUUGUGAUGAAGAAGCAUUGUGUGACAAUCAUAUGGAGAAAAAAAAUCUGUGUUGCACUGAAGUACAUUGUAAUUUAGUUUUGAUGGUGUUGCUUGAGUUUUAGUUACAAAAAAAUCCAAGUACUUGGUUAGACUUUUUGUUGUGUCAAAACUGUUCCACUGUAAUGUGGCAUGUAAUGCACAAAGCAAAGUAUUUGUAAUAGUUCAUACAUGCCAACCAAUGUCACCAUUUGUUUAAAUAUUCAUGAGAUUACUCACAUGGGCUUAUAAUCUACCUCUGAAACCGUUAGGUUUCCACACUCACAAAAAAAGAAAUUUCAGUUCCCACCCUUUCUCUUGCUUGCAUGCAAAAUGCAGUAAGCUCACUUUUGCUCUAGUGUACGUAGAUUACAGCAUGUGUAAAUUAAAAAAAAAAAAAAAGGAGGAAAAAUGUCGGAGUGAUGGAUUUCAUUGUGGCAGAUUGUAAAAUAAAUGAAUCAUUCGAAUUCCCGAUGCAAUUGAUGUCUUGUCUGUGGUGUGGUAGGGAAGUUGUACUAAUUUCUCUUUAGUGUGAUGCACAUCUGAACAUUUUGAAUUCAGCAGUCAGAAUAAAAGCGUUAAGCUCUUGCACAGAAAGGUUGGUUGCUGAUUAGAUGAGCUAGUUUCUUGUUUUUUUAUUUCUCAUUUUGCUGUUGUAUUUUUAUUCCUUCAGUUGUUCACGUAUCCUAUGAGGUGUAUUUAUUUGUACCUUAUAUAUGUUUGAUUAUCCUUUGUUAUUUUUCUAUGAUUGUUUUGUAAUUUCUAUACAUAGCCAAAGUUUAAGUGUGAUUUAAAGUUUUUGCAAUUAAAAAUACCCUGAACUUAGAUUUUACUUUAGAUUUUACUUUGUUUUGGAAUUCCAAUGUUUAAUGAAUACAUAUUGCAGUUGUUAAAAUGAUU